ACGAUCCCAGCCUCCGAGGGGCGGCCAGGGAUCGUAAGGUGCUGCCUCUCAAAAAUAAUGGGCGACCUGAAGGCGGAAGAAAUGCAACUGUCCGCCACAGUGCUCAUAGGUGACGCGAACGUUAAGGCCACGGUGGACACCGGCGCGACAGCGAGUUUCAUCAGCAAAGAGCUGGCGGACAGGCUGCAGGCGGCAGGAAAGGUUGGACCCACAAAGAGGCAAGUUAGGAUGGCGGACGGUAGAUGCGGAGACGUAAAAUCGCAGUUAGAAAUUCAAAUCGGACUUGGCACAAGAAAAGUGUCAAUGGAGCUGCUGAUCCUCCCAGGAUUGAUUGACGAACUGGUGCUAGGAUGGAACUUCCUCACCAAAAUCGGAGCCGAGGUGAAAUGCGCAGGUCACAGAGUGAUGAUACCGGCGAGGGACAGACACCGAGGCUGGCUAGAGGAAAAACUGUCGGUAGCAGUCGUGGAAGCCGCGAAGGAAUUUUCGGAGAAGGAUGUGGACCAGUUUUUAAAGACCGAGUUGGAGAGCCUGGAAAAUCUGCAAGGCACGUCAAACGUGGCACCGGUCAAACAGCGGUACUAUCCGAAGAAUCCAAAAAUGCAAGGCGAGAUCAACGCCAAAGUAGACGAGCUACUUGAAAAGGGAUGCAUCGAACCGUCAAGGAGUCCAUACAGCUCACCAAUAGUCAUGGUGAGAAAGAAGACCGGGAAAUGGAGGCUCUGUGUGGAUUUCAGGCAGAUCAACGCAAAAUCCGUGAAGGAUGCAUAUCCAAUGCCGAUGAUCAACUACAUCCUGGACCAACUCCGAGAAGCUAAAUAUAUUAGCAGCCUCGACUUAAAGGACGGGUACUGGCAAAUACCGUUGGAGGCAAAUACCCUGCCGUCCGAGGAGGAGGACCCAGGCGCAGACGCGACGGAGAUCGCAGAGGUCGUCGCCAUCUCUUCCGAUGAGAGUGGGCCAGAGGACGCGAGUGAGGAGGAGGAGGAGGGGACGGAGACCGUCAGUCCCGAGGUGUCCUCGGACGAGGACGACGUGGCGCGGCGAGCGGCGAGGGAGGAUCUGCCUAGGGCAGAUACCACCGUCGGGCGAGCCCAAAGAGUGGGCUCGUAUAUUGGAGGCGCGGGCGGUCACUGUCCGCCAAUGGGAGGCCCGGCGGGCGGCGAGGAGUGCAGCAGUCGCCGCGUGGCAGCAGAGGCCGAGGAGGCCGCACUCGCAGCCGCCGUCGGCAGCGCGGCCGCCGCCGGUAACGCAGCCGCCGCUACCGCCACCACGUUCGCCGACGCCACCACCACCGCCGCCACCACGAUCGCCGUCACCGCUGCCACACUCACCAUCACCACCACCAUUGUCGCCGCCGAGGCAGCAGGAGUGGCACCUGCCACAAGCGCAGGUCGCGCAAGCACUGCGGACCAUCGUGGUGGAAGGGCGGCGGUGGCAUCAGCAGACGGUCACGUGGACGUGGCCCGCGCCCGAGGAGGCAGCAGAGGAGGCCAGGAUGCGAGAGGCCAUCGAAGCCAUCGAGUGGCGGCGCCCACCGCCGCUGAGCCCGAGCGCUACCGAGUCAAGGUAGCAGGGCGACGGGUGCGGGUGUUUAAGGCCCAAUAA